AUGGCGACCCCCGGCAUGCUCUACGUCACAAUGCAACCCCGCCCGUCUCUGCCCGCGGCCCAGUUCCACGACUGGUACAACACAGAACACGGUCCGCUGCGUCUACGCUUGCCCUUUGUCACCAAUGGCUUCCGAUACAGAGCCGCGGAUGGCCUCGAGCCGGAAUGGGUUGCUCUGUACGAUAUCACCGACAUGGUUGAGCUGACCCGCGAGACGUACCUGGCUCUGCGAGGCGACGGCAUCAAGACCCCGCGCGAGAAAGCCACCAUGGCUCAAAUUGCGGUCGAUCGCCGACUCUACGACCUGUUGGACGAUCAAAAAGCCCCCGACUACCGUCCUCUCGAGGACGAAACCGACGCCGCCUCCGCGGGCUCCGUACUCAUUGCCGUGUCCGUUGUCGUGCCCGCGGAUAAAGAAGACGAGCUUAACCGGUGGUACCGCGAGGAGCACUUUGGGAUGCUCUCUCGCGUGCCUGGCUGGCGUCGCUCGCGCCGCUUCGUGACAGCAGCCAUCGACCCCAACGCCCCUCGGGAGUUCCUUUCGUUGUACGAGUACGCAGCAAAGAACGGACUCGAGGGCCCCGAGCACAGUGCUGCAAAGAACACCCCCUGGGGCAAGCGGAUCAGCGAACUUGCCAUCAGCAAGAAACGCCGGGUCUACGAGUGGGCCUACACAUUUGGACCGGCCCCGCGCGAGCUCGCCUCCCUUGCGUCCGAGGACGUCGUCGGGCCCUGGCACUCCAAUGACCACCGUACCCGGACGUAUCCCUCGCCAACUCGCCCUGCAGUGGAGUCUUAUGUGACCAACAAAGACGGCGUCUCACUCCCGUACCGACUCGAGGGCAGCACAGAUCCCACCGCCCCGGUCAUUGUCCUGAGCAACUCCAUCCUGGUCGACUGGAGCAUCUGGGACGGUUUUGUCGACGCCUUCCUGUCCAAUGCGAAAAACCAAAACUACCGGAUCCUACGCUACCUGACACGCGGCCGCCUCCGCGACUGCGGCGAGACACCCAUCACCAUCGACGUCCUGGCCUCGGACAUCAUCGCUCUACUAGACGCGCUCCGCAUCCCGCAGGCCACACUCAUCGGGGUCAGCCUGGGCGGCGUAACCGUGCUGAACACGGCGCUGCUGUACCCGUCGCGCGUGACGCGGUUCAUCGCCUGCGACACCAACAGCUCCGCGCCGGAAUCGAACCGCAAGGCGUGGACGGACCGGCACGCGAUGGCCGCCAGCGAAGGGGCCGUGUCGGCUGACACCCAGGAGCCCAUUAUUGGCGACAAGCUGGCGGAGGCGACCACGCGGCGGUGGUUCGUGCCCGAGACGUACGAGACACAGCCGGAGGUGGCAGCGCGGGUUAAAGAGGUGGUGCGCACCAACAGCCUGGAGGGAUUCCACAAGGGCAUGCAGGCGUUGUGUGCGUACGACGUGCGGGAGCGGAUGGCGAGUGCGCGCGUGCCGGGUCUGUUUGUAGCGGGGGCGGGCGACGGCGUGCUGCCGCAGACGAUGCAGAAGAUGGCGGCUGAUCUCAACGGGGGCGCCGAGCUGAAGAUCAUCCCCCAGGCGGGCCAUCUGCCGAUGGUGGAGCAGCCGCAGGCUUUUACAGAGGUGGUCAAUAGUUUCUUGCAUCAGUAG